AAAGAUCAUGACGUUUUUCUUUUGACUAACCUGAACUGAUCCAAUCUCCUUAAUAUCAACUCCAUUUUGCAAUAAUUGAACUCUGAUCUCUCUUAUCUUCGGCUGCCGCUUCAUCUUUUCUCUGAUUUCCCAAAAAUGGUUUCCACCGUCAUUGAUCUUCUCAAGAACGAGAUUCCGCUGGAGCAGGAAUCUGUGGUUUUGGCUGAAGAUACCGUUAAUGGCCUUGUUCUUGUUGAUAUCAUCAAUGGCUUCUGCACUGUUGGCGCUGGAAAUUUGGCACCAAGAGAACCAAACAGGCAGAUCUCUGAAAUGGUAGAGGAAUCAACAAGGAUUGCAAGGAUUUUCUGUGAGAAGAAAUGGCCUGUAAUGGCAUUUCUUGACUCUCACCAACCAAACAAGCCUGAGGAACCAUAUCCUCCUCACUGUAUUGCUGGUUCUGAUGAAUCCAACUUGGUUCCAGCACUGCGAUGGGUGGAGAAGGAACCGAACGUGACGAUCAGGCGAAAGGACUGCUUCGACGGCUAUAUUGGCUCCUUCCAGCCUGAUGGCUCCAACGUCUUUGUGGAUUGGAUCAAACACAAUCAAAUCAAAUCGCUUUUCGUGGUCGGAAUUUGUACGGACAUUUGCGUAUUGGAUUUCGUGUGCUCCACUAUGUCCGCGAAAAAUCUAGGGCUUCUCAGUCCGUUAAACGACGUCGUUCUCUACUCUCAGGCCUGUGCUACCUUUGAUGUUCCUCUCCAUGUUGCUACUAACACCAAACGUGCUCUCCCUCAUCCUCAGGAGUUCAUGCAUCAUGUCGGUUUGUACAUGGCGAAGGAAAGAGGUGCCGUUAUAGCCAACAAAAUAUCACUAAUAGAAACCACCAAAUAAGCCAAGAGGUACCGAGCAAGUAGAUGAUCUUCGAAUCUAAUAAAUAAAUGAGAAGACGAUCUUACCAAAUAGGGAGUUUUUAAACUCAUGAUAAAUACUUUAAAUUAAUUGAACUAAAGGAAGAGAUAUUAGUCUUCUUGGUACUGUCA